UCACUUUUGUUUUCCAAAAUCUCCAUCUUCUCUUCCUUACCACAACUAUUUUUAUUUUCUUCAAACCUUUACAAUCUUCUACAUCAAUAUUCCUAAAAACAAAAUAAAGAGCUAUGGGAAGAACACCAUGUUGUGAUAAAAAUGGACUGAAAAAAGGUCCAUGGACUCCAGAGGAAGAUCAAAAACUCAUUCAAUAUAUUCAACUUCAUGGCCCUGGAAACUGGCGAAAUCUCCCCAAAAAUGCUGGACUACAAAGGUGUGGCAAGAGUUGUCGUCUUCGAUGGACGAAUUAUUUAAGACCUGAUAUUAGGAGAGGAAGAUUUUCGUUUGAAGAAGAAGAAACUAUUAUCCAACUUCACAGUGUUCUUGGGAACAAGUGGUCAGCUAUAGCGGCUCGUUUGCCAGGAAGAACAGAUAACGAAAUCAAAAAUUACUGGAACACACACAUAAGAAAAAGACUAUUGAGAAUGGGCAUUGAUCCAGUAACUCACAGACCUCGUCUUGAUUUCUUAGAUUUAUCAUCGCUUUUCAACUCAACUCAGCUUAACCUUUCCAGUUUACUUGGAUUACAAGCACUUGUAAAUCCAGAAAUAUUAAAACUUGCAAAUACCCUUUUAGUAUCCCAAACUGAAAAUCCAGAAUUGUUAUUGCAAAAAAUUCAAGAAAACCAGUUAUUGAAUGGACAACAAAUUCAAAACUCUCUUGGGCCAAAUAUUCCGAAUAAUCAGACCUCUAUGUUCCAAUAUAAUAAUCAACUCCACCACCAAGUUCCUGAAAUUCCAAAUUUCACCCCAAAUGUUUCAUGUUCUUCUUCACAUCAGUCCAUGAAUGGCCAAAUAUUCCAAGAAAAUAUGAUGCUACCUUUGCAAUACUAUAGUAAUUAUUCUGCGUCUGAUGCAUCUGAAAAUUCAACAUUUCAGUCCCUAAACAACAGCAGCAAUCAGAAUAGUCAGAAUUUUAGCACAGAAGAAGAGAAAGAGAGUUAUUGCAGUAAUUUCAUGAAGUUUGAAAUUCCAGAGAGUUUAGAUUUUGAUGAUUUUCUGUAAAUAUUUACAUUUUUUUUUUUGUCUUUUUGCUGUUUUGUUUCAGCAUUAAGUUGGAUGAGCCUUUGUUAUGUGUUUUUGGCUAAAAAUCGGACGUUUGUAUAUUGAUCGGUGGAAUUUUUUCUUUUUUUUUUGGUUUUCCAAUUAUGAAUACGUACUGGCUAGCUGUUUGUUAUCUUA